AUGACGAAGGCCAAAUCUCUUGUUCGCAGGCAACAGGAGGCUGCAGCUUUGAAGGAGGUUGUUCUACAGCGUGCUAUGGUCAUCUACGUGGAGGAACUUGCAAAGCCAAACGGAGAUGGCUCGCGUGAGUGCUGCCAGCGCGCAACCGACGAGUUUAUCAGGAGCAUGGGGGUCGAGGUGAAACUCAACCACGCCACUCUCAUCAAUCGCCUUAAGGGAGGUCUAUCCAUCGCCGAGGCUCACACGAAGGCUAAACUCAUCAAGCCGCAUGUGGCGCGGAAGAUCAUUGAGCAUGUCAAGGAGCUGGCUCUCCGCGGAUGGCCAAUCAACUUCCAGCGCCUCCGGGACAUCAUCGACACAUUCCUGCGCUCGACUCUGGGCGACGAAUUCAAAGGUGUCGGUCACAACCACGUUUACCGCUUCGUGGAAGAGCACCACACCGAGCUCAAGGCUUACUGGACUCGCUCUCUCGAGUCGAACCGCGGCCAGGCCGUCAACCCGGCUACCAACAAGGCCUGGUUCGACCUUCUCAUCGAGACCGCGGAGAGGCUCAACAUCGCCCCUGAAUGUACUGCCGGUACCGACGAGGCCGGCUUCAACUCGGCACUCAUCCAACGGGCGAAAGCCAUCGGCGUGACAGGCCGCAAGACACUCUAUCAGCGUAACGACGGGCCGCGCGAGAACAUCACCGUCAUAGCUACUAUCUUUGCAGAUGGUACUUCGCUCGCACCCACUGUCAUCUUCAAAGGCGAUGGGUUUCAAGUUCAGUGGGCGGAGAAUAACUCGAUGAAGGCAACGAUCGGGCACUCACACAAAGGCUGGACCGACGGCGAGAUUGGCGUCGAUUGGAUCAAGGACUUCGACGAGAAGACGCGCGAGAGAGCGGCAGGCCGUCCGCGUCUUCUUCUUGUCGAUGGCCACAAUUCCCACUACACGGAGGCAUUCCUAGCGUAUGCGCGCGCGCACGACAUCCAUGUUCUCUGCUACCCUGCACACACGACCCAUGUCUACCAAGGCCUUGACGUCGUUGUGUUUGCGAAGCUCAAGACUUACUGGAACGAGGCCAAGGUCGCCAUGAAGGUGCGAGUGACAAAAAGAAACUUCAUCGAGUGCCUAGCGGUCGCCUGGGAGCGUGCAAUGACGCCCGCUAACAUCAAGGCCGCGUUUCGCAAGACGGGCGUGUAUCCGCGCGACCCGUCGGUCAUCAAAGACGCCGACCUCGCACCCAGUCGUGCAACUACCACCAAGGCUGCAUUCACCGUCGAACCACCAGAGCCAGUACGCAUUUUGACGAGCUUCUUCCGCGACGUACUUCGUAGACAAGAACUCGCCACCGAACUCCCACAGCAACCAUCCGGAGAGCAACCGACCGACGGCGAUGUCGACAUGGAUUCAUCCGCCGACACCGCCGCCGCUACAGAGAGCGCCCGUCUCAUGAAGGCGCAGCUGUUGCACAGCUCGGUCGGGUGGCUGGUUGACGGCGCACCCAUUUCCUCGGUGCACCAACUGCCGGCCUUCGCUCUUUCGCCACUCCUCGCUUUACCUAUCGAACCCCUCGCACCCUUCACCCCCCAGACGGAGAAUGAGUCCCGUCUACAUGCCGCCCUACUGCAGUGGAUGAGCAUCGCGCACAUACAAGCCGAGGAGAGGGAGAACGAACGCAUUACGCUGGUCCUUCAGUCGGACUACGUCGACCGAGUGCGGAGUCAGCUCAUCGACAAGGAGAACAAGAAGACGUCCACUCGCCAGAAGCUCGUCGGAGACGGAUUGCCGCGCCUUCUAACAGAUGACGCCUUCUUCGCACGUGUUCAGGAGCACGAGAAGCGCAUGGCGGAGGAUGCAGCUGGGAAGGAGAGUCGCAAGCUGGGUGCAGAAGGAUACAAGGCGGCGAAGGUCGAGUGGGAGUAUCAGUCGCGGAAACGGCGCGAGCAGAACGACGCGAUAAAAGCGGAGUAUGCCGGUAAGCUCGCCGAGUGGAAGACCCAAUGCGAGCAGCGCAAGCGGGAUGGAGAUCGCUCUCGCGCUAGCGCGAUUCCGAAACCUUUGAGAGGGCCCUUGGUCGCGGCGAUACCCAAGCCCAAGCUGAAGGAUUUUGCGCCAAAAGCGGGGGAGGACCAGGUAAACGACGAUGUUGACUCAGACGAAGAGAUGGAAGAGGCUGGAGGCGAGGGCGGGGACGACGAUGAGGGUUCAGACGAAGAGUAG